CUAGCCGACAAAUGGGCUGCGCGCAAGACAUACCACGACUGCUGCGGUCCAGCUGAGACCACGAUUGCCAAUACUAUGCACAAAUACGCCCGUGGUGGAGCUUUGACUGUUGGAAAGCCAACAUCUGGGAAGUAUAUCUACAGUCGUGAGCAAAUGCAGCUUCCUCUGUCUGUUUAUAGAGCCUAG